AUUUUUAGGCUAGGUUGGCUGCAAGCGUUCCAUUCGGGAUUCGAUCCUAAUUUCCCAUUUUCCCCUUCCAGUCUUUCCUCUUCCCUCUUCGGCUCUUCACUUCCCAAGUUUGCAGUUCGCAAGUCGCAACUUCGCCGGCAGCCAGCACUCCUUGACUCCCAGUCCCAGUUCCCUUCAGCUUCACCUUCCCUUCUCAGUUCCCUUCCCACUUCAUAGUUCGCACACAGUCGGCGACGGUGAGUUCGAAUCUCCUGUUCCAGAUCGGCACAUCCAGUCCUCCCGUUCGGACUUGGGCUUCCACCUUCCCAACUUCGCAGCUCGCACUCUCACAGACUCGCAGUACUCCUUCGGACCUUCCGUCCUUCAGGAUUAAAUAACUACAAGUCGUUUAAAUGUUGGUAAAAGGAAGGAAAGUUGUGGGCAAGGGAGAAGCCGUGACAGCACACUAUGCUUUUAGCCCUCUCGAAGAUGACAUAAUCAUAAAGCACAGGCUUCUUACACGCACAACCACCACAAGAGGGGAGCCCCCAUUAAAGAAACUUCAGAAGAAGUUUACUGCUUUUGCCCUUGAGAUUGAGAAGGAUGCAGAUAACUAUAAUGACUGCGAGAGACUUUCUAGAGCCUUCUUACAGGAAAUUGCCACUUUUGAGCUCCCACUCCUCAAAAGCAAAGCUGUUAUUGAUGCCAACCUCAGAGAGAAAGAUAAUUUUAAUGAGCUAGAAGAUGAGAUAAAUCAGCAGAUUCUCCAGGCGCAGGCGGACAUUGAUGAUCUGAAGAAACAACUUGAAGAGAGCAAGAUUGAAAGGCAGCACAAGGAGGAGUGUGAGGCAAUCAGAAGAUUAAUUGCUGUGCAGCCACCAAGAUCAGAGAUGCAGAAGACCAUAACAGAAAUGGAGAAAGAGAUUGCAGCUUUGGAGGCAGAGAGCACAGCCAGUUCUAGGACACUGGAGCUUCGCAAGAAACAAUUUUCUCUCUUGUUGCAUGUGGUGGAUGAGUUGCAGAAUACCAUCGAGGAAGAGCAGAAGAAUCUGGCUGAUGAGAAGAGAAUGACGAUUGAAGAACACAAGAAUGGGGUGGAGGAUGCUAGUGGGGUCUCAGAAGCCAUGGCUGUUGAUUAGCCACUGAAUGAAGGAAACCUGUGUACUUCUCCUCCCAUAUCUGUUUCUCUUGAUGAUCAGAAAUACGAGAUGUAACUAAGUGUUGGAGUUCAUUUGCAUUACAUCAGACACUGUUAGGAUCUGAGAACUAUCUACUGCACCAUCAUUUUUCCUAUGCGUUUUGAUCCCCUUACCCCCCUUCCCAAAUGUAACCCCAUCACAGAAAAGAGGGCCUGGGGGAAUACUGGGCCUUUGGUUACACAACUAGGAUUGACCUUUCCCAUCUGUAAUUUUUCCUUCCCUCAUCCCAAGUUUGCUGCUUCGUAGGGCCAUGGAUAUUUUUCAAGUUUCUGCUGGAUGUAUUACUGAGAAUGUAUAACUACAAUUUUCUUUUGUCGAACUGCUUUAGUUAUUUAUGAGGUUUCUGAUGCAUAAUAGAAUUUGGAUUGGCA